AUGUCCCUUGGAUGUGUAUACUUCGCGUUUUGUAUCUGGUACUUUCUUGGAGCAGAGCCCGCAGAUGAUUUGAACAACCAGCUAGACGUAGAGACAAAGUCCAAAGCUCUGAACUUUGUAGCAGACAACCUUCUCAUUAUUGAGGAGAGUCUUAGCGGAAAGAGAACAGCAGUAGCUAAACCUGCUGUUCAAGAGACGCAGAGCAAAUCCGACGUCCGAUCACAGCGCGAGAUGGAUGAAGCACGCGAAAGGCCCGCGAGGCGAUACAGAGGUGUCGUGGAGCCGGAGCAGCUCCUUCACCUCGAGGGAGGCUCGACGGCCCACGAAGAAGCUAUCUGA